AGAAAUUCAUUAAACGAGCAAACCGCUUCUCGAACAAUGGAGAAUAAUUCGGUUCAGUAUGUGGCUUUGGGCGAAGCAUCGACUCCCAUGUUAGAUAAUUUUCAAAAGCUUUCGAUUAUACCUCUUGUUUUCCUGAUCUUCUAUGAGGUCUCUGGCGGCCCUUUUGGUGUUGAAGACAGUGUCAAGGCAGGCGGUCCGCUAUUAGCUCUUCUCGGAUUUUUGCUUUUUCCACUUAUAUGGAGCAUUCCAGAAGCCUUGAUAACGGCAGAGAUGGGCACUAUGUUCCCGGAGAACGGCGGAUAUGUUGUUUGGGUUGCAUCAGCUUUGGGGCCCAACUGGGGUUUUCAGCAAGGUUGGAUGAAGUGGCUUAGCGGGGUUAUUGAUAAUGCUCUGUAUCCUGUUCUGUUUCUUGACUAUCUGAAAUCAGCUAUCCCAGCUUUAGAAGCUGGUUUACCGAGGAUAAUGGCGGUACUGGUUUUGACAGUGGCUCUCACUUAUAUGAACUACAGGGGUUUAACCAUUGUGGGAUGGGUCGCUAUAUUGCUCGGAGUGUUUUCACUUCUUCCUUUCUUGUUUAUGGGAAUUGUUGCAGUCCCAAAUUUGAAGCCAUCGAGAUGGCUCGUGGUUGAUCUCGGCAGUGUGAACUGGGGUUUGUACUUAAAUACUCUGUUCUGGAAUUUGAACUACUGGGAUUCAAUUAGUACUCUUUCUGGAGAGGUGGACAAUCCCAGUAAAACUCUCCCAAAGGCUCUGUUUUAUGCUCUUCUAUUGGUUGUUUUUGGGUACUUUUUUCCUCUUCUGAUUGGUACAGGAGCCAUUCCUCUUGAUCGUGAGCUUUGGUCUGAUGGGUAUUUCUCAGACAUUGCCAUGGUGCUUGGAGGUGUAUGGUUGAGAACAUGGGUUCAAGCUGCUUCUGCUCUGUCAAACAUGGGGAUGUUUGUGGCUGAGAUGAGCAGCGACUCCUUUCAGCUUCUGGGAAUGGCAGAGCUUGGGAUGCUUCCUUCUGUCUUCGGCAAGAGAUCUCGUUACGGAACCCCGGUCGCCGGAAUUUUGUUCUCUGCAUCCGGUGUGAUCUUACUCUCCUGUUUGAGCUUCCAAGAGAUUGUAGCUGCAGAGAAUUUCUUAUACUGUUUUGGAAUGAUUAUGGAAUUUAUAGCAUUUGUGAAGUUGAGAAUGGAAUAUCCUGCAGCAUCUCGGCCUUAUAAAAUACCCAUUGGUACAUAUGGAGCAAUUUUGAUGUGUACUCCUCCAACCCUGUUGAUUUUUGUGGUUUUAGUGCUUGCUCCUCUCAAGGUCAUGGUUAUCAGCUCAUUUGCUGUGAUGAUUGGGCUGGUUAUGCAGCCUUGUCUUGAAUACUCCAAGAGAAAGAGAUGGCUCAGGUUCUCCAUGAGUUCUUCCGACCUUCCAGAUAUCCAUAAUACUGCACAUCACCAGUAUAAUGAAGCAUGAAUGGCUUGUUGUUGCCCUUUUUUGAAAAAAAAAAAAAGAGUUUCUUUUUGCAAUGUAUUGAGUUAGGAAUAAGCUUUUAAAGAUUGGUGUAGGGAUUUUGUUUUGGCAUGCAAUUUAAUUCAGUAGA